AGGACGAUUCUAAUAACCUCCAACCUUCAUCACCGUCGCCUCAUCCGAAGAAACUUGCAGCAAUAUCGAUCCCAUAGCGUGGAAGAUGGCGCAAAAUGCUGCAAGCGCGGCUCCUUCGCCGCGAUCUUUCGCGAUUCAACACCAACGACCCAGAGAAAGCUUCGUAGGAUGCUCAAGAAUCAUCGACUACGAGCUUCUUGGUAAAUUAGGCGAGGGUACCUUUGGCGAAGUUCACAAGGCGAGGUCACGCAAAACUGGGACACUAGUUGCUCUCAAGAAGAUUAUUAUGCACAAUGAGAAAGACGGGUUUCCCAUCACCGCACUCCGAGAGAUCAAGCUGCUUAAAUUACUGUCGCAUAAAAAUGUCUUGCGCUUGGAAGAUAUGGCCGUUGAGCACCACAGCAAGAUGACCGACAAGAGAAAGCGACCGAUCAUGUACAUGGUGAUGUUGUACAUGGACCACGACCUGUCUGGUUUACUCGAUAACCCUUCCGUCCAAUUCACCGUACCCCAGAUCAAAUGCUACCUCCUCCAACUCCUCGAAGGCCUCCGUUACCUUCACGACAGCAAGAUUCUCCAUCGCGAUAUGAAGGCUGCCAAUUUGCUCAUCAGCAACAAAGGCAUACUUCAGAUUGCCGAUUUUGGCCUUGCGAGACACUAUGAUGGCCCAGUCCCGGAACGUGGAAAAGGUGGCGGUGAGGGACGACGGGAAUACACAAGCCUUGUUGUCACACGAUGGUACCGACCUCCUGAGCUUCUAUUACACCUUAAAAGAUAUACCACUGCUAUUGACAUGUGGGGUGUGGGCUGUGUAUUUGGCGAGAUGCUAGUUGGCAAACCCAUCCUAGCUGGUGAGAGCGAUGCACACCAGCUCGAGAUAAUAUUUGACCUCGUCGGAACGCCAACGGACCAGACUAUGCCAGGAUGGCGACAGUUACCUGGGGCCGAGGGACUCAACCCGCGACCAAAACCCUCUACAUUAUCGCAAAGAUUCCGCGAACAUGGUUCAAGCGCUAUCUCUCUGCUGAAAGAAUUGCUGAUGCUUGAUUGGAAGGCCCGCAUCAAUGCCAUCGAUGCAUUGGAACAUCCUUACUUCAAGACGGCACCUUACCCGGCAAAGCCAGAAGAUAUUCCUACUUUCGAAGACAGCCACGAACUGGACCGUAGGAAGUUCCAUGACCGCAAAGCUGCUCUUCCACCAGCUCCUAAAGGGGGCACCGUUGGCGUCGGCGCGUUUGAAGGUCCUAACGCUUCGUUUGGAAGCGACGGUUACGGUAAUAGGAUGAAUGGUAGGUACCAAAAACAUCAUGGUGGUGGAUACCGUGGUGAAGACACGCGUAGACCUGCGUGGGCCCGAGAUCCGCUUCACAUGGACCACCGACUGCCGCAACGCCCACCUCCGCCCGAUUAUCCCGGUAAUGGAUGGGAUAAUCCCGCCGAGCACCACGACUCGUACAGGGAGCGAGCGCCUAGAAACCGCGGAGGCAAUCGACCAGAUGUCGACACUUACAUUCCUAGCUAUCGUGCUGGCGGACGAGACGACCGCCCGCCCCGAGAGGAUCGGCCUCCUAGGGACGAUCGCCGAAGAUGGGAUGAUCGGGACGACAGACGGCAUGACUGGGAUCGACGCGACCGAGAUUACGAUGAUCGUAGCCGAGCAAGUCAGACCCGUAGCCGUAGCCGUUCUCCCAGGGAUAGGGAUCGAGAUGUUUAUAGGCGAUAGAAUCGCAGAGGAUCUCAAGGACCAAGAAGAUCAUCUCUAGGUCCUUCUCACCCUUCUUUACCUCCUAGGCCCCCUUCGUCCAACAGGCCUCCCGCCCACUUAGGUAGAUACUGCGUUUCGGAGAGACCUCAAAGAGGUCGAAGAGGCCGAGGCUCAUAAUUGUGUACUUUACGGUUGGUUUGCAAACAAUGACGUGCGGUAAGCUCAUGGUGUGGCUUGCGGCGGAUGGGUUGGCGUUUUGUGUUCUGAGGAUUUCUAGGACAUGCGCACUGCUGGGCGCGUGGUGUAUUGUGCUGGUCUCAUAGCAUAGGCUUGAUACACGAAUUGAAUCGGAUUCGUAUGAUAACUGGGCUUACAUGAAGUGGAGGUGAACUUCCUCGUAGUAACUGGAUGUUGUCUCUCGGA